CCAAAGGCUGCCUUGGGCCCUUCACCUCCCCCACUGCCAGGGCCGGACGGGCAGAUGGGACUGAUUGCUUUGGGAUUAUUUGAAGCCCUGGGCCCCAGGAUGACUUCUCGGGACCAGCUGGUGGAGCAGGUGCUGAGGGAGCUGCAGGAGGCCGUGGAGUCCGAGGGCCUGGAGGGUCUCGUCAGCGCCGCGCUGGAGGCCAAGCAGGUCCUGUGUUCCUUCGCCCUCCCCACCUGCCGCAAGGGGGGCCCCGGGGCCCAGGUGCUGGAGGUGGACUCGGUGGCCUUGAGCCUGUACCCCGAGGACGCUCCGCGGAACAUGCUGCCGCUGGUGUGCCCGGGCGGGGGCAGCCUGCUGUUCGAGGCGGCCAGCCUGCUGCUGUGGGGGGACGCGGGGCUCAGCCUGGAGCUGCGGGCGCGCACCGUGGUGGAGAUGCUGCUGCACAGGCACUACUACCUGCAGGGCAUGAUCGACUCCAAGGUGAUGCUGCAGGCCGUGCGCUACUCCCUGUGCUCCGAAGAGUCCCCCGAGAUGACCAGCCUGCCGCCGGCCACGCUGGAGGCCAUCUUCGACGCGGACGUCAAGGCCACCUGCUUCCCUAGCAGCUUCUCCAACGUGUGGCACCUGUACGCCCUGGCCUCCGUGCUGCAGCGCAACAUCUACUCCAUCUACCCCAUGCGCAACCUCAAGAUCCGCCCCUACUUCAACCGCGUCAUCCGGCCCCGGCGCUGCGACCACGUGCCCUGCACGCUGCACAUCAUGUGGGCCGGCCAGCCGCUGUCCAGCCACCUCUUCCGCCACCAGUACUUCGCCCCGGUGGUGGGCCUGGAGGAGGUGGAGGCCGACGACGCGCCCAGCCUGGCCCCGGCGCCUCCAGCCCUCGCGCCGCUGCCCCCGCCCGCGAAGGCCCUGGAGCGGCUCAGCCGGGAGCCCGGCCUCAGCUACUCCCACCUGUGCGAGCGCCACAGCGUCACCAAGAGCACCUUCUACCGCUGGCGGCGGCAGUCCCAGGAGCACCGGCAGAAGGCGGCCGCCCGCUUCUCGGCCAAGCACUUCCUGCAGGACAGCUUCCACCGAGGGGGCGUCGUGCCACUGCAGCAGUUCCUCCAGAGGUUCCCCGAGAUCUCUCGCUCCACCUACUACGCCUGGAAGCACGAGCUGCUGGGCUCCGGGGCCUGCCCGGCCCCCACGGAGGCGCUGGCCCCGGAGCCGGGGAAGCUGCCGGGAGAGCAGGCUGCCCGCGACGGGCUGGGCCUCUCCCCGCGGGCGCCCGCCAACCCCGGAAUGGUCCUGAUGCAGCGCGCCAAGCUGUACCUGGAGCACUGCAUCUCCCUGAACACGCUGGUGCCCUAUCGCUGCUUCAAGCGCAGGUUCCCCGGCAUCUCCAGGUCCACCUACUACAACUGGCGGCGGAAGGCCCUCCGGAGGAACCCCGGCUUCAAGCCGCCCCCGGCCGGCGCGGCUGCUGGGGCUCCCCGGCCAGUGCCCGCCGCGGAAGUGGUCCUGCUCCCUCCGAAGGGCGGGCUGGAGGCGCGGGCGGGGGAAGCCGCAGGCGGUGGGCUCCCCACGCCCGCAGAGGUCCUGCCGCGGCGCGUGCCGCUGUCUCGCUGGCAGAGGCGCCUGCGCAGGGCCGCCCGCAAGCAGGUGCUGAGCGGCCACCUGCCCUUCUGCCGCUUCCGCCUCCGCUACCCCAGCCUCUCACCCUCCACCUUUUGGGCCUGGAAGAGCCUCGCCUGGGGCUGGCCCAGAGGCCUGUCCAAACUCCGGAGGCCGUCCCCCGCCUCAGGCCAGCGGGCGCAGGAGGCCGGGGAGGAGGAGGCCGGCGAGGAGGAGGCCGGCAGGAUCGCCACAGCUGUGACGGCCCCACCUGCAGGGGCCCUCCCGCUGGGGGCUUCUUCGGGAGAUGGCCCUACCAGGGCCCAGGGAGGGCCUUCCAGAGCGGGGACCCUGCCGGAGGGGGCCGCCGCGCAGGGCCAGCCCCACGGUGGGGCCCUGUCAAGCCACCCUGUGGUGGCGGCCGCGGGCGGGAGGGAUGGCCGGGUGCUGGUGAUGGACGUGCUCACCACCACGAAGUUCAAGGCCCAGGCCAAGCUGUUCCUGCAGAAGCGCUUCCAGUCCCAGAGCUUCCCCUCCUACAAGGAGUUCAGCGCCCUCUUCCCGCUCACCGCCCGCUCCACCUACUACAUGUGGAAGCGGGCGCUCUACGAAGGCCUCACCCUGGUGGACGGCUGACGGGGCAGCGCCAAGGGGCGGAGAGGAAGGGGACCGCAGCCAGGGGGCCAGGGGCCUGCACUGUCCCCUGGCUUGGCCGGGUGCCGUCUGCUCCGGUUCCACGGCGUCUACGCUGGCCCGAGGGCGUAUCUGUGUUAUUUCCUGGCUCCAGGGUGGAGUGAGCCAGAAACCAGCCAUCUGGUCUUCUGUUGAAAGCUGCACCAGCGCAGCUGUUCUGUUGGGUUGUUGGCUGGUCACAUUUUUGUUGUUGAGUUUUAGUUUUUGUGUUGAUUUAAGUGGGUCAACUGGGCCUCCUCGCUGGUGCUGGAAGCUAUGUGUGUGUGUUGGGGGAGGUUGGUUAGCGGAAGCGACUUCCAGCUUUCUCGGGAAUAAGAGAAGGCGGAGUAUAGCGUGAGUUUCUGUCCUGUGGGGCAGAUACGUCUUCAUGUCUCCGGGUCGGCACCCGCUUCCCCCAAAGGAACGUGAGAAUCGGAAGCGCGUUCCGUCCUGGUGUCUGCCUUGCGUCCCCAGCGGAGGAGCUGCCAGCCUCGGCAGGAGUGGCAGCCGGGAUGCACAGAAAGAGCCAGGCAGGCCUCCAAGGCAAGGCCGGACCGAGGACGCCCGAAGUUACGGAGGGGCCGGCCUGUGCCCUACAGGGAGCCUGGACGGGCGGAAGGAAGACCUGACCCAUCGCUGGGGCUGCCCACGGGCCUCUGCUAGCUGCCGGCCAUGGGCACCCUGCCUUUCUGUUGAGCCCCCUCAAAGCCUGAGCCACUUCUUCAGUGAGGGGCCCCUGGGGGACAGACGGGUGGGGGACUGAAUUUGCAUGACCCACGGGUAAAGUUGGAGAACCCAAGAAAUAAAGUGAUGCGG